CGCAAUAGCGUUUGUAGUGAGUGGCCCCUCCCCCAGAGCACGCAAUGGCUGCGGGACACGCGCCCGUGAAGGUUGGAAUUAUUGGUGGGUCUGGACUGGAUGACCCUGAUAUUUUGGAAGGAAGAACUGAGAAAUACGUUGAGACACCCUUUGGCAAACCAUCAGAUGCCUUGGUUCUUGGAAAAAUCAAAAAUGUGGACUGUGUUCUACUUGCAAGACAUGGCAGGCAACAUACAAUCGCUCCAACAAAUGUCAACUUUCGUGCAAAUAUUUGGGCAUUGAAGAUGGAAGGGUGUACUCACAUUUUGGUCACCACUGCUUGCGGGUCACUGAGAGAGGAGAUCCAGCCUGGAGAUAUAGUUGUUAUUGACCAGUUUAUCGACAGGACUACAAAAAGACAGCAGACCUUUUAUGAUGGAGCACCCAGCUGCCUGCCUGGUGUUUGUCAUAUUCCUAUGGCUGAGCCCUUCUGUAGCAAAACCAGAGAGGUUUUGAUAGACAUUGCCAAGAAGCUUGGGAUAAAAUGCCACCCUAAAGGCACAAUGAUCACCAUAGAAGGCCCACGCUUCAGUUCCAAAGCUGAAAGUAACAUGUUUCGGCUUUGGGGAGGGGAUGUUAUCAACAUGACCACGGUUCCGGAGGUGGUUCUAGCCAAAGAAGCUGGACUCUGUUACGCAAGUCUUGCAUUGGCAACAGACUUUGAUUGUUGGAAAGAGCAUGAAGAAGCUGUUUCUGUGGACAGGGUGCUGAAAACAUUAAAAGAAAAUGCCAAUAAAGCAACAAGUGUUCUUCUGUCUGCCAUACCUCAGAUAGCAACCAUGGACUGGACAGACACCAUUCAGAAUAUGAAGUGCACUGUUGAACUUUCCGUCAUGUUGCCGAAACAGUGAUCGUUGUUCAGAGAAAAAUUUAAAGAAUCAUUUCAGUGACCAAAGAGGAAAAUGAAAGCACCUAAAUACAUGAAGAAGGACAUACUGUUUUAAUUCUCUACAAAAACCAAUGUACUUAUUGCAUGUUGUAGUAUGAACAAUAGCCUAGUUUAACCCCUUAAGGACCAAUGCAAAUAAACCUGUACGCCCCUGAAA